AGCAUGGAGACCUCGGCUGACUGGCUGGCCACCGCCGCCGCCCGGGGCCGGGCUGACGAGGUGCGGGCGCUGCUCGAGGCGGGGGCGCCGGCCCACGCGCCGAACCGUUACGGUCGGAGCCCGAUUCAGGUCAUGAUGAUGGGCAGCGCCCGCGUGGCCGAGCUGCUGCUGCUCCACGGUGCGGACCCCAACUGCGCGGACCCCGCCACCCUCACCCGACCCGUGCACGACGCGGCCCGGGAGGGCUUCCUGGACACGCUGGCGGCGCUGCACCGAGCCGGGGCGCGGCUGGACGUGCGCGACGCCUGGGGCCGCCUGCCCGUGGACCUGGCUGAGGAGCGGGGCCACCGCGACGUCGCCCGCUACCUGCGCGCGGCUGCAGGGGCCACCGAAGGCGGGAGCCACGCCCGCGCAGACUCCGCGGAAGGUCCCGCAGACAGUCCCGCCCUAAAGAAUCAUUGA